UUGCAGGCCCGGCAAGUCUGAGUAAGCAUGAAGCUCCUUUCUUUCGCGGUGGUGGUCGGAUGUUUGCUAAUACUCCCAGCAGAAGCCAGCAAGAGUUCUGAAGAUAUUCGGUGCAAAUGCAUCUGUCCGCCAUACAGAAACAUUAGUGGGCAUAUUUACAACCAGAAUGUGUCGCAGAAGGACUGUAACUGCCUGCACGUGGUGGAGCCCAUGCCGGUGCCUGGUCAUGAUGUGGAGGCCUAUUGCCUGCUGUGUGAGUGCAGGUAUGAGGAGCGCAGCACCACCACCAUCAAGGUCAUCAUCGUCAUCUACCUGUCAGUGGUGGGUGCCCUCUUACUCUACAUGGCCUUCCUGAUGCUGGUGGACCCUCUGAUUCGAAAGCCGGACGCAUACACGGAACAGCUGCACAAUGAAGAAGAGAAUGAGGACGCUCGCUCUAUGGCAGCCAUGGCCGCCUCCCUCGGUGGCCCUCGAGCAAACACAGUCCUGGAGCGCGUGGAGGGCGCCCAGCAGCGGUGGAAGCUGCAGGUGCAGGAGCAGCGGAAGACGGUCUUCGAUCGGCACAAGAUGCUCAGCUAGACGGGCUGGU